CUGUGACCUACACAAGACCUGAAAGAAAAAGCGCGAGACAGAAGGAGAAAACAAUGUGCGGCGGCGCCAUCCUAGCGGAGCUGAUCCCGCCGUCGGCGGGCCGUGCCUCGAAGCAGGUGGCCGCGGGCCGGGCCUCGCCAAAGAAGGCCGGCAAGAGCAAGGGGCAUAGGUACGGCAGCGUCGCCGAUGUCGACGACUUCGAGGCCGCCUUGGAGAACUUCGACGACGACCUCGACCUGCAGGCGGAGGAGGACGGCGACGACCAUGUCGUUUUUGCAUCCAAGCCUGCGUUCUCUCCGGGCCUGGCCUACGAUGAUGGCCGCGCGGCGCAGGCGGCGAGCAAGAAG